GAUUGGAAGUCUGCUUAAAAAAAAAAAAGGUUACAGCUGACCACAAGGUUGUAAAUCCACAGACUGGAAGGAGGAAAAGAGAAACAUUGCAAGCGACUGAAGUGUGUGUGGCUGCAAUGUUUGUGGGUUAGAUGAGAAACAAGCGCUGAGUGAAACGGAGAAGGGGGGUGGCUGGUGUGAUUUGUUUGGUGUUCAGAGCCAAUAGAAAUCCCAGACUGUGAUAAUAUCCCCGUGCAGCGCCGAGAGAGGAGUCACAGCUGAGUCUGCGGCUGGGUUCCUUGUGCAAGCGCUGCCGCCGCCGACCGCCCGGGGCUGCACACGCCAGCGCGCGGCGCUUCUGCGCUUCUGCUGGGGUCCGGCUGUCGCGGACUGUAGCACCCAGAGAAGGAGGGACAGGGAGAGACAGAGAGAAGGGACCCGAGGAGGCGGCUUCCAUCACGUCAUUGCAGGAUGUUCUGGAAGCUUUCCCUGUCCUUGUUCCUGGUGGCCGCACUGGUAAAAGCCGGGGACGCCAGGAAGAACCGGCCGGCGGGAGCCAUCCCCUCGCCGUACAAGGACGGCAGCAGCAACAACUCCGAGCGAUGGCAGCACCAAAUCAAGGAGGUGCUGGCCUCCAGCCAGGAGGCCCUGGUGGUCACCGAGCGCAAGUACCUGAAGAGUGACUGGUGCAAGACGCAGCCGCUGCGGCAGACGGUGAGCGAGGAGGGCUGUCGCAGCCGCACGGUCCUCAACCGCUUCUGCUACGGCCAGUGCAACUCCUUCUACAUCCCGCGCCACGUGAGGAAGGAGGAGGAGUCCUUCCAGUCCUGCGCCUUCUGCAAGCCCCAGCGUGUCACCUCGGUCCUCGUGGAGCUCGAGUGUCCUGGGCUGGACCCUCCCUUCCGACUCAAAAAAAUCCAGAAGGUCAAGCAGUGCCGGUGCAUGUCCGUGAACCUGAGCGACUCAGACAAGCACUGAGCGCCCCGGGCCGGACGCAGCCCCGCACCGCGCGCCUGUCCGCUGGGUCGCGCCGCAGCCGCCUUUGUCCCUGUCCUCAGAACUCACUCACGCUGCCUGGUGGACCCUCUCAGCAGCAAGCACGUUUCUUGGGGCUGAUGGUGUCCUUGGCAUAAGCGCGGGCCGCAAGUGGAGCUUUGCUGAUGUGUUCUCCCAUCGACCCCGGGCCUCCUGUGCGCCUCGCCAACCAGGCUGUUUCAGGCCCGAGGUCAGAUGCUGGAAAACCACCACCCAGCAGUCGGAGAGGCAUGGGCGUUUCCACCGUGUGGAACGGGGAGUACUUCCCCGGCCUUGCCCUACACUCCAGCUGCCCACUGCCUCCCUAAAGCGAAGGAUGCGGAGCAGCCCCGCCAACCUCUGCUGCUGGUCCCCCUCCGCCCCGUCCCCCUGGCUGGGAGCUUUCCUUAGCGAUUCUAGGGCUGUCUUCUUGCUGCUGAGCUGUGGAUCUGGAGAAGGGCGGCAAAGGAGCUGCCCACAGACGGGAGGUUCUCUUAACCUGGUACCAAGAAGACGACUUGAGCCACUUGAGUGGCAAAACGGGCUUCCCUGGGGACCUUGCUCACAGCAGGCCACGCUCUCCCCACCCCCAGCCGCCACCCUCUUCCUCACUCCCCCCACCCCCUUCUACAGACUAAAGACGAACUCUGGUGUGCAUGCUAUUAUCGCUGCAAUUAGAAUAUUAUUACACACAAAGGUUUCCAUAUUAAUGCUGGUUUUAUAAUUGACCUAUAUUGUAAAGAGCUCUUAAAAAGUAUUAUACACCUAUCCUUGUAUUGUGUCACGGGUUUUGACUCUGGCUUUGCAGGGGCAUCCUGAGUACCGACCAGAGCAGAGGACGGCCUGCCCGGAAGGUGUUUGACUCAGAAGUAGUGCCUGGCUGCAGUCCGAGGCCAGGCGCCUAUUCUUAGAUUAGGAAGGGCGAGGAUGGGAGGAGUUGUGAUUUCACAUUGAAUAGUGUUUCACUGAAGCUGGGAAGGCAUCGCAGCACAAUGUAGGAACUGUGUUGGGAUGGAUGGGUACAGGGAUGAAGUGGAUCCAUUGGGAAGAUUUUAACCUGCAACUCGAAAGCCCCUAUAAUAUUUAAUAUACAUAUGUGGGAUGAGCAGCUAUACUAUUUCACGGCCAUGGCACUAAGCAAAAGCAAUUUCCUGUUAAAAGAGAGAAAUAUUUAAAACUAUAAGGAUUCGGGUCGCUUUGUGGGAGAGGAGGAAAUAAAGGAGACCAUACAUCAAAUGGAAAUCUAGUUGAACUUGUCCUACAGAAAGCCACUAGCUUCCUUUUCAAGGAGUGGACUUUAACAAAAAAAAAAGAUGGGCACCAUUAGGUCAGCUUUCAUUUUUAUAAUGAAUUGUUGAGGUUUUCAUGUUGUGGUCUCCUGAUAGAAGGAAGCUGACAUAAUUUAAUAUCCUGCAAAAUUAUUCUUACUUUGCUAAAUUGCCCCACGGAAAGGUUCGCUGUGAUGGAUGCUUAUGGCAUCUGAUGAAUGUGGAGGAGAGUCCGAGCUGAUCGGUGGGAAUAAGCCCACGCGGCAAAGUUUUCCCUGAUAAUUCCCAAGCACUCAAUCUUAAGUGCUCUCUGUCCCGGGGGCUCAGGAAGGCGUGAUGUCCGGGCGUGUGAGAAACCCUCUACAAGCCUCUCUGGGAACGGAGGCUUCCUGACGUUGGGCAGUGAUGGAGGAUCUAGAGACACCCACUGAGGGAGCAAGGAGGCAGGCGGGUUGUGGCGAGUGGGGGGAUCCAUUUACAACCCUCGCUCUGCGGGUUUCAUUCCUGUCGCACCUGUGGCGCCGUGAGACCUGAGCAGAACGUGCCGUUGUAAAGGAGGCCUCGGCGUCAGAAGUGGGCGUCGACAGCCCUAAGUCAGGAAAUUCGCAUUUAGUGGGAAACCUCAAGUCAGACUCAGGCAGAACUCGCAGCAGCAAGGCUGUGAGCGAAGGAGGGCCACGUGAUUGCGAGGGAGGCCAAGGGAGAGGAGUGGCCGGCCGACUGCAAAGCCAACCCCUGUCAUUCAUUCUAUGAACACGGAACCCCGAUAGGGGAGGGACGACGCUAUGAACUUACAGAAUACAGACACGAGCUCACUCCGUGAACCCAGCCAUGGGUAGAGCGACGGAAGCAAUAUGAUGAUAUGCUGCAGUGGGAAGCUCCUUCCGGGGUCCUUGUAUGUACGUUUACCUUAUAAUGGCUCAAAUUGUAUUUAAUUGUCUUUUGUGUGUGUUUAUAAAUGAAGAAAAGCUAUAAGUAUAAUGUAAUUAUUUUAUAGGUGUACUAUUAAAUUAUAGAACAAAUAAAGCUACUCUAGGAUUA